AUGACAUCAUCAAGUUAUAUGCUCGAACGAGAACUUCUCGGUUCAGCAAGAGCUAUAAUUGACGCAAAUUCCAAUGCUCCACUUACGGCGCAACCCCAAUAUAAUGCUUAUCUUGGAUCAUAUGGCAUGUCAAGUCAGUUACCAUAUACAACCACAUCUACAAGUUUUAGUUACCUUGGAAACGGAACUGGUCCUACAGAAAGUGCUGAAUCUAAAAAAGCUUUAGCUGAUGAAUUAACAUCAAUGAAAGAUGCAAACAAACAUGUUCAUUUCGAACCAGAUCGAUAUGACGCAUUAUCUGGUUUAGAUCGUACAUCUCUUGCAGCAGCUCGACGUGAACUUGAUCAAUGUCGAAUGAAAAUUGAUGGAUUAACUCAUGACUUACGCGAAACAACAAUAAAAUUGGCUGCUAAAGAUGAACGUAUCAAUGAGUUAAAAAAUGAAAAUGAUUCAAUAAAACGAGAACAUGAUUUAAUUAGCCAAGCUAAUAAUCAAAUACGUUUACGUGUCCGUGAAUUAGAAUCAAAUGUUAAUUCAUAUGAUUCUGUUGCUAAUAAAUCAACAUUGACUAUAUCAUCAAUGCAAAAAGAUGCAAAAGAAAAACAAGAUCAAUUACUUGAAUUGCAAGCACGUAUAAGAACACAUAUGGAAGAACGAGAAGCAAGUGAACGAAAAAUGGAUGUUUUACAUAAAAAAUUACAAGAAUUAUUCGCACAAUUAAGUGUUACACUUGGACAUGAUUAUGGACAACCAAGUGUUGCUUCAUUUGAAACAGUUAUGACCAGAAUUGCUGAUAUCAAUGCUGAAAAUACAUUGUUAAAAGGUAAAAUGAUUAAAAUUGAAGAUGCAAGUAAACUAUUAGAAAAAGAAAAUGAAACAAAUCGUGCAACAAUUCAACAAAUGACAAAUCGAUUACAAUCCUAUGAUCAUUAUAAUGCAAAUCAUCGUUUACAAAUUGAUACAAUAAAAGCUGAACGUGAUGCGGCACUUCAUGAUAAAGAAACAAUAAAAACUGAACUUGAAACAGUUAAAUCACGUCUUGAUUCAAUUCAAAAAGCUUGGCAAAAUACUCGUGGUGAAUUAGAUCAACGUGAAAAUAAAUAUUCAUCACAUGAAUUACAUAUGAAACAAUUAGAAAAUGAUGUUGUUUAUAUAAAAUCAUGUUUUGAUGCAUUUAAACAACAAAUUGGACAAUUAUUAUCUGAUGGUUAUGUUAAAGUUGAACCAAAAGAAGAUGAAAUUAAAGAGAAAGUUCAAUUAUUAAUGCAAUCAAGUAAAGAUCGAGGCGUUAUAAUAACAAAUCUACAAAAUCAAAAAGAACAAUUAGCUAAACAAUUACAAGAACAAAUUGAUAUAAAUAAAGAAGUAGAUAAAAAACGAGCUCAUACCGAAACACAUUUAUAUGAAUUAGAAAAUCGUUUUAAAACACUUAAUAUGAAUUGUACAACAGCUGAAGUUUAUCGAGAAAGUCAUAAACAAGAUAAAGCAAAAUUUCAUCAUUUUCUUGAACGACUUGGAUCAAUAAUGAAAAUUGAAAAUAUUUCAAAUGAUCUUGGUUAUGAAUUAAAUCCUGAUGUUCUUUUACAACGUGUAGAACAAUUAAUGAAAAUUGAAAAUAAUUCAAUAAUUGAUCAAAAAACAUCGACAUAUAAUUUACAAAGAAAAAUUCAACAAUUAAAAGAACAAAUGGAAAAUAAAGAUUUACAUUUAGAUUUAUUAAGAAAAAAAGUUCUUGCGUUAGAAGAAGGUCGUUCAGCGAAAACAGAUUUAGAACAUGAAAUUGAUGAUCAUGUUAUAUUAUCACGUAAAAUGAAACUUAAAGUUGAAAGUUUAACUCAACAAGUUAAUGAGUUAAGAAAUGAAAAUACACAAUUAAAAUCACAACAUACAGAUGGUCAUACACUUAAAGGUCGAUUAGUCGAACGAGAAAAAGAAAUUCGUCGUUUAUUAGAAACUAUAAGUCAAUUAGAAAAUACACGUGAUAAACAAGCUGUUAAAAUUUCAACUUUACAAGAUAGAAUGCAUAUAGUUGAUGAUGAUACGAAUCGAACAUUAAUAUCAUCUGAUAAUGCAGUACGAACAUUAUCAAAUGAAUUAAGAUUUCUCAAAGGUUCACUUCAACAAGUUACUGAACGAGAACAACAAUUACUUGAUUUUCGUGCUUUAAUAGCUCGUAUGCUUGGAUUAGAUGCUAAAACAUUAUCUGUACCUGAUUAUGAGAUAACUGCUCGAUUAGAACGUCUUCUUACUGUUGUUCAACCAACUAUGGUAGUUCCUAUGCUUCAACUACCAUCUUCUACAACAAAAUCUCCUAAUAUUCCUCAACAACAACAACAACAACCUCCCUAUAAUAACCGUCAUCAGCAUCAGCAUCAGCACCAUCAUCAUCAACCAGCCACCCAUUCAGCACUUGGUCGUCGUCGUAGUCCAAGUCCUGUAUCUCGACGAACAGAAGCUAAUAAUCGAGCUCGAUCCCUUUCACCAUUACAUAUUGGAAUCGAUCCCAGAACAUAUUAA